AUGGUUAGAAAAAAAAAGGGAUUUGGUACAGUGAAAAUUAGGGGUAGGGAUUUCGCACAGCAAGGUUGCUUUUCACGGUGUGAUGGUGGCGGCAAAGGCUUCGAGAGGAAGCAGAUGUCGAACAUGCUCACGUUUUGGUUUGUUCUUCAUGGUGUUCCUCUAGUUCGCGUUUUGGGUUUUCUUCCUUGUAGGUUUCAUAGAGGCGUUGUGUUUCGCGGUGAGAUUGGGGGUUUAAGUGGUUCGAAUUCGGAGAUUUGUGACAGAGUUUUUUUUAAGGUUUUGGACAAUGAUGGUUCUCAUGGUGGUUGCGCAAGGAGGAAGAUUCAAGCGGCGCAUGGAGGCAAGGCUAUCGUGGAAGAGAUGAUGGAACUCGUGAUUUUAAGGUUCUCUUUCUAUGCACGAUGAAAGAUUUCAAAUCUGCUCCUACGAUAGUUUUCGAUGGUUUCGUGGUGGUUCUGUUUAUGGCUGAUUGGUGAUGGCUUUUGAGGUUGAAGAAGAUGAUGUGACGGGAUGUAUGCGGGAGACAAAAACUGUGUUCCUCUUUCAUUUUGCUUUUUUUUCUUUUCUUUUACUUUACCAAAUUCUGCAUCAUAAUUUAAAUUUCAUUUU